CGAGACACAACAUAUACUUAGGCUAUCGAUUUUGAUUGUUAGGCGCCGUUUGUACGUCUCUCCAGUGUUUGUAAAACCAUAACUAUCCACUUAUAACAUCGGUUGUUCGGCCUGAAAUUGAUUUUUUUACCUACUGCGUUCGAGUUUCAAUGUUUGUUUACAGAGCGUUUUGUCACCCUCCGCGUGAACGAGAAGGUGUUCCUGGAUGCCGACAACCAUAGAUGUUUCGGAAUCUACGCCGGCCACGACGGCGCAUCAAUCACACUGAACGACGUGUUCGACAGCGUCUCGGCGCAUCCUUCGGUGCCCAACACACAAAAAUUCGCGUUCAGCGCCGUGAUGAGAAUCAGACGUUUCUGCGACGACAGACAGCGCGAGGAUUUCAUCGCCUAUUUGCUGAGCAAGAACAUGACCCUGUGGGACGUCCACAACGACAAGCAAUACAUUAUCUGUCCGAGUUUGAUGAGUUUUGAAGAGUUUUUCAAUAUUCAGUCGCUCAAAUGUAACAUCGUCCACAUCAGGGACGGACCGGACGAUUCCCAAUACGACGCCGCUAUGGAGAUCAUCGGCAACAGCAAGCUGAUCAGCAUCGUCACCAUAGAGAAUUUGGGGCCGCGUUUCUACAUUAUGGCCACGUCGGAGGGCAUAGUCAUCUUCGAGCAGCAGUUCAAGGCCCUGGUGCCCUCGGAGGUGGCCGCCAUCAUUGAGGACUCUAAGAUCAUCAAGGUGAUGUACGAUUACGGCAACUUUUUCAUCGACAUCGCGAAGAAAUGCGACGUUAUUGUCAACGAAGUGCACGCACUCAAGGGGUUCUUCGGCGACCUCACGAUCUGCGACAUCGUGAACCUCGUCUUCUUUUUGCACAUCGAGACCGACGUAGAUGCCACCAGGGCCGCCUCUUCCCUGCAGGCGUCCCAGCAGGUGUGGAAUCUGCGCUUCAAAAUUGCGGAGAAUGUCAUUUACAUACUUCCGCUUUAUAAGCUGUCAAAAAUACUCAUUGAUUCUUUCGCAAAUUAA